CUGUCUCAUCCUUCACUCCUGUAUAAAGUUUAAAUCCAGGAGGACUGAGGACACAGCAGAGGACCCUCCACUGAUUCACUGACCUCUAAGGGUCAGUUCCACCACACACUGACCAGGAUGCUGCAGCUGUGUAAAGUCACUAAAACUCUGUUCAUCAGUAAUGCCCGUGCUGCCUGCAGCGAUGAGCUCCUCCAGCAGGAGGAGGUGACGCUCUGCAUCAAUGUGUCCAAGCAGCAGCCGUUCCCCUCCACUAACAUCACCAAGUUGCAAGUGCCCGUAUACGAUGACCCCACCGAGGACCUGUACAGCCACUUUGACCGAUGUGCCGACGCCAUCCAGAAGGAGGCAAACCGCGGAGGACGUAGCGUCGUCUACUGCAAGAAUGGACGCAGCCGUUCGGCAACCAUCUGCAUCGCCUACCUGAUGAAGCACCGCAGGCUGAACCUGACAGAUGCCUUACAGAGAGUGAAAACGGCUCGUCAUGUUAUUGAUCCGAACCCCGGCUUCAUGUCUCAGCUGCAGAGAUAUGAACAUGAUCUGCAUAAACGACGAGGAGAGUCCUGAUCUACGCUGAAAACCCUCGUACAGCUCUGAAAGUGAACUCUCUCUGUCCACCGCUGCAGCGCCGCAGCUGCAGUUUGAUCUGAUCUCCGUCUUUUCUGACUGUGAAUAUUUAAACUUAAUGAGCCAUAGAUUCUAGAUUCAAAAUGAUCUUUAUAUGUUGAUGUGAACAGGAACAACUAAACAA